ACAACGUAGCUCUUGCCCGUCGCACAAGUAUCUCGACGACUCGAUGUUCAUUCCUCAGGGCGAAAACUACUCCUGUUUCUCUGCUACAACAGCGCAUCCAGCAAACAGACAUAGGGCGGGGUGCCAGUCAUAGUAUUGAGCGUUCGCCGUUCCUGCGAGCUCCACGCAACGGACUGGAGUGCGCACGCCGCAUAACUGCCGUCGAUGGUUCGGCAUGUGCGUACUCAACGGUCAACGUGACUAGUGGGCUGCCGCAUCUGCAAUAUAAUCAAUACUGACAUGUCAGAUUAAUUCGUCUUCCUAUGCUUACUCACGUCCCAGACUACGGUGGCCGACUCAAAGCACCGGUGCACCUUUGCUUAUCGUAUAUGAGUACCGAUGCUGGCGUGUGCGACGUGUUGCUCUGCGGUCAGGUUAUGGGCGGUAAGUAUCAAGUUUCUAAUCACCACGGCAGGCCGAUUGCUCCGGACGUACAGUGAGCAGAUCAGGAAUAUCAGCCGGGAACGAAUGCUCGACGCUUCAUAUCGCUUGCUGGACAAUGCACGCAGAACCCCGAUGACCAGAUGUAGUCGCCUGUGGCAGCCGCUGCUCGCCCGGCCCCCAUUUAUGCGAUCUCCCCCCUUCUCAAAGUCUCACCGCGAUUGCGUAGACUAGGAAAUCAUAGACAGUACAGAGCUUCCGCGCGCCGGGAGUUUGACAAGUUGAUCGAGGCUAGACUCGAUACCAGUUACGGAAGGGUGCACGUGCUCGCCUUGAGAGGGCGGAGAUUGAAAAGGCGA